AUGCAGAACUCCGUCUGGAGCCUCCACGGCCUUCUCCUGAACACCAAACUGAAGAUGUAUAAAGUUGCCAUCUUGACGACGCUGCUGUACGGUGCGGAGAUCUGGUCAGAUCACAAGAAACAAUCGCGGUAAGUUAAUCGAUUCAACCUCACUUGUCUCCUCGGAAUAAUAAAGCUGAGGCGGCAGGAUGGGAUCUCGAACACAGAAGAUCUGGAACGGACUAGAAUCUCCAAAAUCCACGCCAUCUCGAGGAAAGCGCAGCCACGUUGGAGUGGUUACCUUGGGUGGAUGGACGGCUAGCGUCGACUAAAACGACUGUCCUACUACGGUGUCACCACGCGAGCUCGCCGACAAGGAAGUGAAACCCGUCACUACGCAGACACCUUAAAGGAUUUAUGGGGGCGGCGACAAAUCAGCCCGAAGACUUGAGAAGGCCACCCACAAAACCGACCGGUCUGGAGAAGAGUCAUGGAGAGUGGGACAGUAAACUAUGGUGCCAACCGGAUCGCCCCAGGCAAAGCCAAGAGGGAAGCCUGCAAGUCUCAGGCACCUCUGACCCGCAACAUCAGCAUCCACCGCCAUCCCAACAUGCCUGCGCUGUCGACGAACUCUCCGUGCGCGCAUCACCCUCGACGGACAGCUCCGGCCUCAAUGCGCCAACUCACGAACCCCGGACCACUGCCUCUUCGACCAAUCUUGCUCCAACCCUCAAGGCGUCCACAGUAACAGUCGACCUCGCCAUCGAUGCCUGGAAUCGCCUGGCCUUUACUCGUUUCUCUAUGGGGUUCCUCUACUGCAUGUAA